AAUGUAUACUAAGGGUCAUCCAAUAAAAUGAUGAUUAAGAUUCCUUUUACUUUCUUGAAUCAACAACAAAAAAAUGGAAGGUCUACAAGUUCCAUUAUUGUUAAAUCAAGAAACAAGCCAUGAUUUUGAUAAUACUACUACAAUUAUUGAAGAAAUUAAGAGGCAAUUAAGACUUGCUGUACCUCUAAUAGCAGUUAAUAUUCUGCAAUAUUGUCUUCAAGUUAUUAGCAUCAUGUUUGUUGGUCAUUUGGGUGAAUUGUCUCUCUCUGGUGCUUCUAUGGCUACUUCUUUUGCUUCAGUCACUGGAUUCAGUGUUUUGUUAGGAAUGGGAAGUGCACUGGAAACACUAUGUGGGCAAGCGUAUGGAGCUAAGCAAUACCAUAUGCUUGGCAUUUACACACAAAGAGCAAUGCUCGUUCUUCUUUCGUUGAGCAUUGUGCUUUUACUGAUAUGGUUCAACACCAGCACAAUUCUCAUUGCUUGUGGUCAAGACCGUGAUAUAUCAAACGAAGCAGGACAAUUCAAUCGAUGGAUGAUCCCAGGCCUUUUCGCGUAUGGCAUCCUUCAAUGCCUCAACAGAUUUCUACAGACUCAAAAUAUAGUGAUGCCCAUGAUGUUGACUUCUGGUUUCACGGCUUUGUUACACAUUCUUAUAUGUUGGCUUUUCGUGUUCAAGAUUGGUCUCGGAAGCAAGGGAGCUGCUUUGGCUAAUGCCAUUUCGUAUUGGAUUAACGUGUUUUUAUUAGCUGGUUAUGUUAAAUUUUCCCCGGCUUGUAGAAAAACUUGGACUGGUUUUUCGAAGGAAGCUUUGGACGACAUUCUGGAUUUUAUCAAGCUUGCCAUUCCUUCAGCUGUUAUGAUUUGUUUUGAAUAUUGGUCAUUCGAGAUGGUUGUUCUGUUAUCUGGCCUUCUCCCCAAUCCUAAAUUAGAGACAUCAGUGUUAUCGAUAAGUCUCAAUACUUGUUGGAUGGUGUACAUGGUUUCAGUUGGACUUGGUGGUGCUAUAAGCACAAGAGUUUCAAAUGAAUUGGGGGCUGGUCGUCCACAAGGAGCACGAUUAGCUUUACAUGUUGUCGUAAUUGUGGCCAUAUCAGUAGGAUUGAUAAUCGCGACCACCACCAUUUUGGUUCGUUUUGUGUGGGGGAAACUAUACAGCAACGAAGAAGAAGUGAUCAAAUACGUUGCCAAGAUUUUGCCUCUGCUUGCUUUAUCUGAUUUCUUGGAUGGCUUCCAAUGUGUGCUUUCAGGGGCUGCUAGAGGAUGUGGAUGGCAAAAACUCUGUGCAUUUAUCAAUCUUGGAGCUUAUUAUGUUGUGGGAUUACCUUCUUCUGUUCUCUUUGCAUUCGUUUUCGAUACUGGAGGCAUGGGACUAUGGAUGGGGAUCAUUUGUGCAUUGCUAGUGCAAAAUGUGGCGCUUAUCGCGAUAAAUAUAUGCACUAAUUGGGAUAAGGAGGCCAGAAAAGCUGUAAAUAGAGUUCAAGGCUGUGGAUUAAAUAUGUGACAUAUUGAGAGAAGGUGAAUAUAUUUCAAUAUGGGCCGAUCAAGGCCCGUGGAUUAUGGAAUAAUUAUAGAAAUCCCACAUUUUAAUUUCGUUAUUAGUAUUAUCUCUUAUAAAUUUUACAAAUUUUCAAAAUUCCUCAUUUUUCUCUUAAGUCAAAAAUGUCAUUAAUAUAUUCAACACUCCAUUAAUGUAUCCGAUCCUCUUUUUAAUGUAUCAGUGCUUUGAUUUUUCGACCAUUAAUGUAUCCGAACCCUCCAUUAAUGUAUCCGACCCUCUUUUUAAUAUAUCAGCGCAUGUAUUCUAUCCUC